UACACCGAGAGCCCUUGGAAAGAAAUUGUGUUCCUCCUAUAAGCAGCAGACUCUAUUAUCAACGUUUUAUGUGAUUUGAGUUGCUAUUGACAGAAAAUAUAUGCAUGGUAGAUAUAGAAUGGAGCUCGCUAUCUGGUGUGUUGUUUGAUUUGGUUUCCGUUAUGGUUAUGAUUUAAUGAGGCAGUGCAGCUCUGCAGGAUAUCUGGGGUCGCUGAUAAUCGCCUCUAUCUGCAUGCACACAUAUCAGCGAUUGUUAAUGUCAUUUUAAUCCAUCUUACGUCAAUCAGAAUGAUACAGGUGAAAUAUGACUGAUGAUACUACGUGAUUGUUGAACUUUUUCCAAGCUCUUCUGCCAUGCGUGACUGACAGGGAUCUUCACAUUUGUUGAAAAAGGCACAAACAAAUUCCUCAGGAGAGGGUUGGAGAGAAUUUACGCGUAGACAGUAUCGUCUGAACAGGACUGAAACCAACUUAAGAAUUCCCCCUAUAAUUUUCAUACUCCAAGAAGUUGUGAAAAUGUAUCAAAGUCUGGCCUUGUCUGCCAAUCAGUCCCCCUACGCCCAUGACUCCGGGAGUUACAUCCACCCUUCGGCCAGCUCUCCGGUCUACGUCCCCACCACCAGAGUCCCAGGCAUGCUAUCCACCCUGCCCUACCUGCAGACCUGCGACUCACCACACCAGUCCCACGGUCUCGGUGGGCACCACGGCUGGCCCCAGACAGGCACGGACGGCUCCUCCUUCACGCCCAGCAGCCCUCACCCUCCGCACGGAUUCUCCUAUUCACACAGCCCGCCCGUCAGCACCAACACCGGUCGGGACGCGACCUACCAGAGUCCGCUGGUUCUUGGAAACGGCGCUCGGGCGGAUCAGUACGGAGGCGCUCUGGUGCGCUCGGUCGGAGGCUCCUAUUCCAGCCCUUACGCGUACAUGAGCCCGGAGAUGGCCACGUCCUCCUGGACCCCAGGACCCUUCGAGAGCGGAGUGAUCAGUCUGCAGGGACGGCAAGGAGGUCUGUCUGGAAGAGGGUCCAGUCUGGACCUGAUGGAUGACAUGCCAACUGAGGGCAGAGAGUGUGUCAACUGCGGCUCCAUCUCCACGCCACUUUGGCGCAGGGACGGGACCGGACACUACCUGUGCAACGCCUGCGGCCUCUAUCACAAGAUGAACGGCAUCAACAGGCCGCUCAUCAAACCGCAGAAACGCCUGCAAACCACAUCUCGCCGGGCCGGCCUGUGCUGCACUAACUGCCACACCAGCACCACCACACUGUGGAGACGCAAUGCUGAGGGAGAACCUGUCUGUAACGCCUGCGGUCUCUACAUGAAGCUGCAUGGGGUGCCCAGACCUCUGGCAAUGAAGAAAGAGAGCAUUCAGACUAGGAAGCGCAAACCCAAGAUGCCCAAGAGUAAAACAUCCACAGGAGGAUCCACCACCUCUGACACCAGCUCCCCAACCUCCCUCUCAGUCUCAGAACAUGCCUCCACCAUUAAGAGUGAACCCAAUAUGGCCACUUCGCCCUACGCUGGACAGACUGUCACAUCCACCACGCAGACGGCCUCUCAGUCAGACGGCACAGGAUCAGGACAUGUGGACAUUAAAUAUGAGGAUUAUCCCUUUACCCCAACCUCCAUGGCCCCACAGAAUUCCUGGUGCGCUCUGUCUCAAGCAUGAGCAGCCUCCAAAUGCUGUUCAACCACAUGACUCACUCUUGAUUUGUGAGGGAGGCCAUGUCUCCAUCCUACAACUAUUUCUUGUGACUAGCAUUGUGGAGAAACAGCGUUGUCUAAACACCAAAUGGGGCUUUUACAGUAUCUGAUUGCUAUUUACUGUAGCAGAAUGGUUACUUACAGGCUCAAAACAGCUCACCUGGACCAAGCUUUAACUUAAAAUGGACACAGGGUACCUGGACUUCAGUUUUACAAAUGGAUGAGUGUGUAUUAUUCACAGCAACAUGACAGCUCAGCCAGAGUGAAAACAGUUGAAUCAGGACUAAAUGCUGACCCUGGCUUUCCUGAACUCACAUUCAACUAGCCACACCUCUUCAAUGGGAUGAUAAGAACUACCUAUUGCAAAAAAAGAUGCCUAUUUUUGGAGAAACCAAAUAUACCAAUGCAAAGACAAUCAAGUGGAAUGUAAAAGGACAUGGAUACAGUAACUCCUUUUUAUAACUGAUUUGCUUGUUAGUUUCAUUAAGUUUUCAUUGCUGUUGCUGGUGCUUUCAAGAACAUAAUGAGCAAAAAGAAAACAUAAUUUCAACAUGUUAUUGUCAUCUCAGAAAGAAAACAGAAAAUAGACCGAAAAUACCUUUUUUAUGGCUCUUAGCAUGGCUCAUUACCAAUGUGUAGAUGAUUAACUUUUAGAGACAAAUUGUUUAUGUUGAGAUAAGGACAGUUAAAAGUCAUGGUUGACACUAAUACCAGCCAGUUAUAGCCCACUGGUCACUGCUUCCCCAUGCAGAAUGGUUGGCAUGUUGUAUGGCCUCUAAGCUAUGAUGCUUAGAUUAUAUGAAUCAUUUGUUUUACAAAAUACAAUGGAUAUAAAUUUCAUCUUGUUUAAUUAAUUUUAAAAUCAGGACCAGUUGUUUUGAUUCAGACAUCAUGACUACAUAUCAGAAGUUUAUCAUUUUACUGCUUUAACAUUGACAUUAAUGAAAGUGCAAUGACUCAGUUUUUCUUGUCAAAAAUUGAAGGCAAAACAAAAAAGUGUUAUUCUAAAUAUAAUCUAAUUUUAUUGUCUGAAUUUUGUCAAUAUGUAAGGGAAUUCUAUAGGACUCUCUGACUCUCUCUGUUUCCUCUCUUUAUUCAAUGCUCUUUGGAAUCUGUUAAGGUUAAUAAACUGAUUCACAUUUUAUUCAUUUGAUUUAUAAAAACCUCACAAAUAC